UCCUUUAUCAGUCUCUUGCAGGACUUGACAAGAACAUAGCCACAGUUCCGCCAUCAUGUCUUUCAACACUAAUAUGAGGUUAAAAUUUCCCAUACUGGCUAUUGGACUUCAGAUCAUCCUAAUUAUUUUAUUUGGGAUAUUUGUGCGAUAUGAAACUGACGACCAUUCAUCAUCUCACAAUGCCACAAACAUUGAUGAAACCUUCAUUCAUCUAUAUCCACUUUUUCAAGAUGUCCACGUGAUGAUCUUUGUGGGCUUUGGCUUCUUGAUGACAUUUUUGAAGAGAUAUAGCUUCAGCAGUGUUGGCAUCAAUUUACUCAUUGCAGCCUUUGGUCUCCAGUGGGGCACUUUAAUGCAAGGCCUAUGGCACUUACACGAUGGAAAAAUUGAGAUUGGUAUCAAAAGCAUGAUUAAUGCCGACUUCAGCACAGCAACUGUUUUAAUCUCCUUUGGAGCCGUUCUGGGGAAAACAAGUCCUGUUCAGAUGUUGAUAAUGGCCGUGUUAGAAAUCUUCAUCUUUGCAUGUAACGAGCAUCUUGUUGGCUUUUUGGGGGCCACUGAUGUUGGAGCAUCCAUGACCAUCCACACGUUCGGAGCUUACUUUGGUUUGGCUGCGUCAGCAGUCCUGUAUCGCUCUGGUCUGAAGAAGGGCCACGAGAAUGAAGGAUCAGUCUAUCACUCAGACCUGUUUGCUAUGAUCGGGACUCUGUUUUUGUGGAUGUUUUGGCCGAGCUUCAAUUCUGCCAUCGCUACCAAUGGAAUAGAACAGGAAAUGGCCAUCAUUAACACCUACUUCUCACUGGCCGCCUGUGUACUGACUGCCUAUGCCUUCUCCAGCUUGGUGGAACACAAAGGAAAGUUUGACAUGGUCCACAUCCAGAAUGCCACCCUGGCCGGAGGUGUUGCUGUGGGUACCUGUGCUGAUAUGAAUAUUGGACCAUUUGGGGCAAUGAUGAUUGGUUUUAUUGCAGGAAUUAUCUCCACGCUUGGAUUCAAGUUCCUAAUGCCAAUUGUCGCUACCAAGCUGAGAAUCCAAGACACUUGCGGUGUGCACAAUUUACAUGGCUUGCCAGGAAUUCUGGGAGGUGUUGCUGGAGUGGUGGCCGUUGCACUGGGAGCCAAGGAAGGUUGCACUCCAUUCAUGCAAGGAGCUGCUUUAGCUGCAACUUUUGGCAUCGCUGUGGUUGGAGGAGUUAUUACAGGGUUUAUACUGAAACUACCUUUCUGGGGACAGCCACCUGACCAGAGCUGCUAUGAUGACACAGUUUACUGGGAAGUUCCUUUAGAAGAAGAAGAACAUGACAUCCACUAUCAAGGGGAUCACGGGAAAAUCAAAGUAGAGGCAUAGAGGGGACAGAUGGCCGGACAAACCU